AUGUCCGCUCGUUCUCUGCCCGUCUUUGGCGCACUCUUCCUCACACUCACUGCAGCUCAAAACACAGUCUCCCUCGCUAUCACCGCCCAGCCCACCUCAGGCGCCUCCGGAAUCAUCAGUCCUUCGUUUGCCGGCUUCGGGAUCGAGUCCUCCAAUCUCUUCUCCUUCACGGGCGGCAGCAACGAGAACCAACUCACCAAGAACUUGUUGGAGAAUUUGGCAAACUACACAGGUACUCCGCCGCACCUGCGCAUUGGAGGCAAUACUCAGGACUAUUUCGUCUACGAUGCCGAUCAAGAUGACUAUGCGUGGGAGUCCAAUCCUCACUCGAUUGGACAGGGCGCCUAUGCCAGCGAUUCGAUGAUCAUUGGCCCCAAGUUCUUCGAGGUGAUCAAUCGCUUCCCUAGCAAUACACCCAUUACCUUUGGCUUGAACCUGGCCUACUCGGAAUCCGACUAUAUCGAGCAGAUCACCACCAUGGCGAAACAAGCCGUCACUCGAUUGGUUGACGUCAACCUGGUGUCGUUUGAGAUUGGCAAUGAGCCUGAUCUGUAUCUGCAGAAUGGUUUCCGGACAGGCAAUUGGGGUGGGCAGGUGUACACUCAAGAGUGGCUGGACCGAGCAGGUGCUAUCUGGGAACAAGUCCUGCGGCCGAACAACCUCCCCAGCAAUUUCUUUGAGCCGGGGGCCACUGCUUCAACCAUUGGGACGUCUUUCGAGAUCCAGGACUUGGAUGAGUUUGGCAUCACUGUCAAGGCCAAUGGGUCGUCGAAACCGUAUAUUGCCAGCUGGAACCAGCAUGAUUAUUACUAUUACAUUGGAGUGUCGACCUAUCCACUGACAGCCUACGAUUUUAUGACCCUGUCCACGACCAACGACCAGUUCGCUGCGUGGGUAUCACAGAUCCAGCAAGCACAGGCCACGGAUUAUCCGUAUGCUCUACGAGAGAUGGGCGUGGUUGGACCGAUUGGCUUGAGCGACAUUACCGACGUCUUUGGAGCUGCACUGUGGUCCCUCAAUUUCUUCCUCUAUGCCGCCACCCUCAAUAUCUCUUCGGUGCAGAUGCAUAUGACCGACAACAGCAACGCUAGUGCCUGGCAGCCAAUCCCGUAUUAUGGCAAUCAACCAUUUGUGCGACCCAACUACUAUGCAUUCGCGGCAUUUGACCAAACCAUCGGACCGACCUGCCAGGCCCAGGUCGGCGGGUAUAUCAUUCAGAACCCUCCCGCGGCAUAUGGCGGCCGAAUCGCGGCCUACUCGGUCUAUCAGGCCGGCACCCUGGCUUCGAUCGUCCUGAUCAACUCGAAUCCGGCCAACGUGUCGGAACCGAACAAGCCGAGCCUCACCUGGGACUUGUCCCUGCCAAAGCAGUUUGCUGGACAGGAACUGUACUUGGCUUAUCUCACCAACGACGGAGCGGAUGCCAAGCACGGUACGACGUGGAACGGCAUCAGCUACGAGAAGAGCGGCAAUGGUACACCAACCCGAGUGAACAACACGGUCGAAAGAGUCAAAAUUGGCAGUGACGGCAGCGCCAGCAUCGUGGUUCGGGAUUCCCAAGCUGUCAUUGCCAACAUUGGGUCUCCGGUCGGCCAGCGAAAGCCCAACGCCAGUGCCUGCUCCAAGCUUGCAGCCAGCAUGCCCGAUGCUAGCCCUGUCACGAGCCCCGUGGGUACAAGCGCACCUGCUCCAACAUCUACUUCUGACAGCUCCGCCUCAUCGAGCCAUUCAGAUAGUUCCGCCCAGUCGAACGCCGCAUCGACAACAGGCAGCAGUUCACGUGCGAGCACCACGAGUGGAGUUGCGGGCCUUUCUACGAUGAUGUUAACGACAAUGGCUUCCGUGAUGCUGACUGGAGUCUAUCUUCUCUGCAUAUGA